AUAACAAGUCACUGGAAGUAUUCCCAAACAAAUAGAUUACGGAUGCCUUCGGCUUACUCAAUUCAUUUAUUCACUUAUUUCUAGUUAUAAUUUUGGUUUUGCGUUAUUUUUACUCGUGUUUUCCUAUCUAAUUAAGUACAUACAAAAUCAAUUAACAAAAUGGUAAGUUAUUAAACUUAUAAAUUAUUAUUUAUUAUAAUUUCUUCCGUGGUAGUACCCAAUAGACAAGUAUGAAUUUUAUACUUAAACUUAUAAAAAAAAAUGUAAUAUAUUAUUUUUUAAUAUUAGUCAUAAAUUUAAAUUAUGUGUAUGUAUUUUAAAUACAUUUUGAUGAAAAUUGAUGUACAAUUGGAGAGCUUUGUCCCUCGCUCGUUUUGCUCGUCGACCACUGUAAUUUGUACAAUAUUAGGUAUAAUACCUGUAUUGAAGAUAUUGAAUCUUUUUUAUAUAAUAGAGAAAUUCAAAAUACAUAAUUACAUUGAACCAAUAUUCUUAUGUUAAAAUAUAGUGUGUGAUGUGAAGAAGUAAUUUUUAUUGUUUUUUAUUGAUUAUAUUGGGUACUUAUGUUAGAUUUUUAUAUCAAAAAAUAAAACAUUUAAUUUAUAUAAAUAAAUUAUCACAAUCAAUCGUAAAUAUUCUUAAUAAGAAAUAGGUGUAUAAAUUAAAUAUUAUUUAAUUAUUCAAAUAUUAUAUCUAUGAAUAAUGAAUAUAUUUAACAUUAUCUUAGUUUCUUUUUUAAUGCAUUGUAUUUUUAUUUCAGUUCCGUAAUCAAUAUGAUAGCGAUGUUACUGUAUGGAGUCCUCAGGGUCGCUUGCAUCAAGUGGAAUAUGCCAUGGAAGCUGUAAAAUUGGGUUCAGCGGUGGUUGCAUUAAAAAACAAAACACACGCCACUAUUGUUGCUCUUAAACGUGCUCCAAAUGAACUAUCAGCUUAUCAAAAAAAAAUUAUUCCUGUAGACGAUCAUAUUGGUUUUUCUUUCUCUGGUUUGUUAGCUGAUGCUCGUAUUCUUAGGUAAGAAUUUGCUAUUCGUAUGCCUUAAUCGUAAGGGGUUAAGUUAUUGUUUUUGAAAUAGUGAAAUAUUUUAUCAAAUAUUUCAUGAUUUCAUAAGAAAUUGAAACGUUUAAAAAUUUAUACUUGAUAUUCAUUGAAAAAUGAAGUCAAAUGAAAAUAAUCCUUGAUAGUGUUAUUUAUUAAUUACAUGUAAUUUAAAUUUGUUAUAAAUAAUUAAAUAAUUUGUUUGUAUUUUUAUUUUAUUUUUCUGUUCCUUUUUUAAAUAUUUAUAUGUCCCAUAUUACCAUUCCACAAUAUUUUAUCAGUAACCAGGUGAUGCCGCAAAGUUAAAACUAUGUUAAAAAAUAAAUUAUUUUUUACACUUUUAAGUCUUAAUUUAAAUUUUUUAAACAAUUUAUUUUUCCGAUUAUGUAAAAAAGUACAUAUUCUCAAAUUUACAAUUAUAAUUAUUGUAAGUUAUAUUCGAUAAAUUAAUUGAGAGAUUUAAUUAUAUGUAUAAUAUAAUUUAAGUACAAGAAUUAAUCUCAAAAUUUCAAGAAUUGGCCUUUUGAUGAUAAUUUGUUUUUUUUUUAAAUAGUUCUUUUUUUUCAAUUACUAAUUUAAUUAUUCAUUUUUGUAGCAAGUUUAUGAGAUCAGAAUGUUCCUCACACAAGUUCGCUCAUGGUGAUGAUCUGCCAGUGAAUAGGUUAAUGACAAAAGUUGGAAACAGAAUGCAAUUGUGCACUCAACGGUAUGAUAAACGCCCUUAUGGUGUUGGUCUACUUGUAGCAGGUUAUGAUGUUAGUUUAUAAUUAUUUAAUAUGAAUUACUUGCCUAUAUUUUGUUUCAAGCUCAAGGGAGUAUUAAAUUUAAUUUUUUUUGUAUUGCAUUAGGAUAAUGGUCCUCAUAUUUAUCAAACAUGUCCAUCUGCAAAUUUCACCGAUUGUAAAGCUAUGGCUAUUGGUUCACGAUCACAAAGUGCUCGUACAUAUUUAGAAAGGAACUUGGAUACAUUCAAAGAUGUAAAUUUGGAAGAACUAUUGAAACAUGGCAUGAGGGCUUUAAGAGAUACUCUACCUAACGAUAUUAAUCUGACCUCAAAGGUAGUUGGAAACUAUUGAAAUUAAAAUAACUAGUAAUUUUUAUAUUUUGUUUCACAGAAUGUUUCGAUUGCUGUUGUUGGCAAAGAUCACCCAUUUGAGAUUUAUGAUGAGGAAAAAACUCAAGAAAAAUUAUUAUUAAUAGAAGGAGAAGAAAGAAGAGCUCCAGCACCAACAAUUGAUUCUGCAGGCAGUGGACCGCAGCCUCCACAAGACGGACCAGGUGGUCCUACUGAUAGUGCACCAGGUGUUGCAAUGGAAACUGAAUAAUAAUAAUUGGAGUAAAGUUAAAAUUAACAAUACAAACUUUAUUUUAUAUUUCUCAAUCGAUUAAAAAAAAAUAUUUAUGAUUACUUCUCUCUUGUAAGUUGUAAUUGUUUUUGUACUAUUUUAUUGUCAAGACAAAAUUAUAGUUCAUAAAUGCUAAAUUACAUAAAAUUAAUGUUAUGGCUACAGUUUAUUGUAUUAUAAUAUUUAAAUAAUAGUAAACUUGAUUGUUAACAGAUUAUUGUCUAUCCAUUCGUACAUUUCAUAGUAAUUAUCAUUAAUAUUGUCUGGUGAACACACAGUCUUAUAAAAUUUAAUGUACACAUUACAUUACAUUUGUCACCAUGCAAAAAGUGAUCAAGUGAUUUAAAAAUUUUAAUUUUAACUAUUUUUGAUUGUGAUCAUAAAUUAUUUGUUAACUUGUUUCUGAACUAUUUGUAUUAUCACUUUGAUAUAUUUGUCGUAUUUAAUAUAUUGGCUUAUAUAAACAUAUAAACAUACUUUUGCAUUUUGGUCAAUUUUUGCAUGAUAGCGAUAAUAUAUUUAUUCAUUUUUUUAAACUAAAAUUUUAUAAAAUGUAUUAAAACCAUAAAAGAAAUUUUACACCAUCUCUAAUAAAUUCUUAUGAAACUGUAUAGCUAUUAUAAUUUGUAGAAGUUCACCAAGAAUUAUUAUCCACAUUGAAGUUUUUUAAUCUAAUUAAAUAUUUUUAUGACAUGUAUAUUAUAUUUUUUAUAAGUAAAUUAUGAUGAAAUUUGCCUAUAAGAAAAAAAAAAAUAAGAAUCAAAUAAAAACUAUUGUAUACAUAACACUUUGGGUAGGCCUCUAUGAGUAUAUUUUAGUUUUAGUCUAUAAGGCAGUGGUUCCUUACCAUUUUAAGACUAUUACCUAUAAAUCAGGUUACAUAUCAACUUCUUAGCUGGUAAGCAGUGACCUAAAAACAAAUAAGACUGAUAUACUUCGUACGUGAGUGGGGCGCUGUUGUAGGUGAGAAGUUAAUAGAGGGGAAAUUUUAUGUAUAUCUGUACGCAACAAUUAAUUGUUGUUAACGAAAAAAAAGAUUCUGAGCAGAGUUUGGUUGAUAGUGUUGCUUUGUCAACAAUAUAUAUAUCAUAUUAUGUUAAAAUAAUUAUAUAAUAUGCAUUUUAUUAUGUUUUAUUUUAUAAUAUUUGUUUAAUAUUGCACCUAUUUUCCCGUUUUUUCUAUGUUUUCCCAAAUAAAAAAUGACCUCCCUAAAAUACCACCUCUGUUAGAUUUCCUACCAAAAAAAUUGUUAUUAUUGUAAAUUGGAGCAAAAUUUGAAAAAAGUAGAAAAAAAUAAAAAAAAAUAAACAUUGGUAAACCAAUACAUUCCUUGCUCCACUCAGAAUUUAAAGAGCUGAUAUUAAUAAUUAGGUUACAGUAGUGGGUGAGAAGUGAGAAAUGUAGAAUAGAUAUAGUUCAUAUAUUGGUAGGUCAAUGUUGUAGGUGGGAAGGUAGGAUACAGAUGGGAAUUUUAUGUAUAUCUGUAUGCAAAGAUAAACUAUUGUUAACGUUAGCGUUCAGUUGACAGUGUUGCUUUGUCAAAAAUAUAUAUUAUGUCAUAUUAAGG